AUGGCAGCAAAUUCAACCCUGUUCGCCAGCAUAGCAAAAGACCGCGUAAACGCAAAACAGCCCCCAUCCACCGGCGAUGACCUGGACGUGGACCGAUGUGCCGCUUUGCACAACCAAUUACUGCUCUAUGGAUGGUUCUGCUCGGGGAAGAAGAUUUCCGCCAUGGAGAAGAGGUCCUGGUGGGGCAAGCAUGGCAACGACUCUCUAAAGAAAGUCCUCCGUCCAAAGGUCGUGCGGUACCUCUCGAAAGUCUUCGACGUGGAGAGACAUAAUUUCUUCUACCAUGUCUCCGGCCUGGCCUCAGAAAAGGAAAUGCUGCAGCUGGCGGACGUGCUAGAGGAUAGCGACCACGGGCCGGUGCACACGGAGAAGUAUCGAUUUGUGGUGCUGUACAAGACGUCGGAGGCGUUGGUGUCGAAGCCCGCGGGGAUUGUGCAUGAUCAGCAGACGGGGAAGGCGUUGUUGAUGCCGACAUACCAUCACCUGUUUGAUUUCAGUAAUGCGCAUCUGCCGUGGCAGAAGAUGGAGAGGAUUCUGAGUGCGUAUAUUGAUAUGAUUGAGGCGGAGAAGGCGGUGGCGAUACAUGAUGAGGCGGGAAAGCAUGAUGAGGGGAUGCACCAUCCACGGCAGGAGUUGGAGCAGAAUAAGAUGCUGGCGAGGUAUAAGACGCGGCCGUGGAUCUUGCAGCCGUAUACGUUGAACGAUCUUUACGCGUGUCUGGAUAUCUGGAGACGACUGGUGCACGGGCUGGAGACACGGGCUGGUGUCGCUAAUCCGAUCAACCUGGAUGAAGAAGAUGACGAUGAAGAAGAUUAUGCGCCGCUGUGCUCGAGUACUGCGCUGAACGUGGCUGGCAUACCUCAAGGCUUCGCAUAUCAACUCCUGUCUCACGCACAGCAAUCGCAAGUCUGGUUCCUGGCACCUGGUCUCCGAUUACCCAAAGUGGAAGAAUUCUUACAACAACCCUUCAAGAAAGUGCUCCAGCAAUACCCGGAAGAGACUCGUGGUAUGAAGAUGCCCUUCCUCUUCCUGCGAUGUGAAGGUACCGUCACAGCCAAGGAAGGCAAAUUCCGCUACCCCUUCUCAACGGUCGAGCGGGUACCCUGCGGUCUAUACCUCGAUGCCUUCCCGAACGCCCAAAAUCCUUUCGAAGAUGCAUGCCGACUAGUGCUACCUAUCAAGCUCGGCAACAACAGAUAUGCCAGAACCUCCGACUUUCGGCCUAUUAUCAGGAGUCAUAGUGACCUCUAUCAGACGGGCGUCAAUCCCUAUGUCAUGCGACACGGCCCCAAGCUGGUGGCGGUGCUCGAGAAUUGGCUUGCUCAGGUGGAGUCAGGUCACUGGAGUGUGAACGAGCUUGGUGUCUCUGACGAUAUUGAGAUGUGGAAGCAGGCUGAUACAAGGGAUAAUUGGUGGCGGUACCAGAGCGAGCAUUUGUUCGUGUAG